AUAUAAAAUAAAUAUCAACCAACAACAAAAACCCUAAUUUCCUUCCUCUCAAAUCUCUUAAAUCAUCUUUCUGCAAUCCAAUCCAAACCCCAGGCGUAAAUGAUCAGAUUUUAAUAAAUUGGGGAAGGGAUGUCAAUGGAGGAUAACAUUUGUGACAUCAAUCACUUGGAUGCCGAUGCCCUUCUGCCUCCUCGGAAGCGGCUGCUGGCGGGAUUUAAGAAACAGGCUUCCAAUGCCAGCAGUGCUUCAGAUAAGCCCACCAUUGCUUCUUCCUCGUCAUCGCCUCCAGCUUCACCCUCACACUCACCUUCACCUUCUACUUCGUCAAGUGAUGUUAAUGCCUAUCUUAAGAAUCUAUUGCUGAGUUCCCAUUUGUACAACCCAAAUCUUUCUCCUGAGGAGAUUUUGGAGGCCUCGAGAGCAGCAGCUAUCUCAGCUGCUAAAGCUGCAGAGGCUGCCAGAGCUGCUGCAGAGGAGAAGGCUGCAAUCGCCGCUAAAGCUGUUGCAGCAGCUAAGAGUGCAUUGGACAUUGUAGCAAAAUUUUCUGAAGAAACAGUUCACACGGACAGACACCUAAAAAGGAAUAAGCUCAAGAAACAUGUCCCUGUUCAACUCUUGUAUAAAAAAAAUGGACCAAUUGGGAGUCCUAGGACAGAUGAAGAAUUAGCCCGGAAAUUGCACCGAGAUAUCAACAGUUCCCCGAGAAUCUCAGAGAGUUAUUCAACUGAAUGGAGAGGCCAUAGACAUAAGAGGCCGAAGGUCAUGCCAACUCAUGAGAAAACAAUAGCUUCCAAUGGGGGCAUACGGUUGGGUGGAAGCCUGUCUUCUACAUGCUAUGGAGGUACUAUGGCAGGCAAAAUUGAUUCCGAGCGCUCCAUGGAGGAAUCUGUUAAAGCAGAGGCAAAGGGUUCUAAAUAUGAAAAAUCUGUGCAAUCAGAACUGAAUAAUGGUGAAGAAGAAUCAAGGCAUUCGAAGGGAAAAGCCUCUGAGGACGUUACCCCUGGUAAGAAAAGGGGAAGAAUGAAGCCAAGGAGGUUGCCCCUGAGCAUUUGUUCCUUUAGGGAUCGAGUGAAUCCAAAGGAAGAGAUGAUUAAUAAGAGCUCUCCAUUGACCGAAAAGAACAUGGAUAAUUCAACUGCUGCUGUUAAGAACUUUUUUACUUUGGAUCCCUCUGAUGGUGGUGUUACUUCAAUUGAAGGUGCAUCUAUGCGGAAAUGCCAGGAUUUCAAGGCCACUGCAUGUAUCAAACAAAACAAAGUCAUGCAAUCAUAAUGUUCAAACCCUGUUCUUGUAACAGGUGGCUUCAUUGAUUGAAGGUAGUAGCUGAGGUAGGAUUCGAAAUUCUCUUUUUAUAGGAAAUUAGGAACGACUUUACCCCAUUUAUCUCUUUGCUUGUUACUGUUUUUGUAAGGAAGUUGAAUUGACAAUGUAUAUUUGAAUGUUCAAUUGCUUGCCUCCACACUUUACUGAUAAAGCUUGCUACAUAGAAUGAUAGCAGUAUUUGGAUUUGAGACACAGAGGAAUGCAAUAAAUGUAGAUGACUCCUUUCUUUUCUUCUUUUUCAUUUUUGCGUAUUCAUCCUGCUUCCCUGGAUGAUGCUACAUGUACUAAAACUUGAAUGCCAUAGUAUUGUUAUUUCAGCAGUUGAUUCAUUUUUUCUUC